AGGAGCUGGAGAUGUGGCUGAAGGACACGGAGUCGCUGCGCCAGGAGCUGACCAAGGACCUGGAGGAGGUGAAGGAGAAGAUCCGGCCCUUCCUGGACCAGUUCUCCACCAAGUGGACGGAGGAGCUGGAGAAUUACCGCCAGCGCCUGGCGCCCGUGGCCCAGGACCUGAAGGAGCUCACCAAGCAGAAGGUGGAGCUGAUGCAGGAGAAGCUGACGCCCAUGGCCGAGGAGGCGCGGGACCGCCUGCGCGAGCACGUGGAGGAGCUGCGCAAGAACCUGGCGCCCUAC